AUGGCAACGACAGCCCUGACCGGUUUCUCCAUGAUGAGUCUGCUCAGCCUCGGAUACCUGAGCUGGGACCUGAUGAGUCCUAAUCAGGUGGAAAACGAGCCCGUUCAGACAUUUGGGGACGCGUCUCCAGUCCCCCAGCCUCCUCACAUCAUCUUUAUCUUGACAGACGAUCAGGGGUUCAACGACAUCGGUUAUCACAGCUCUGACAUCAGGACACCGGCGCUUGAUAAACUGGCCGCGGACGGUGUGAAGCUGGAGAAUUACUACAUCCAGCCCAUCUGCACCCUCCGCAGCCAAUUCAUCACCGGCAGGUACCAAAUUCACACUGGCCUGCAGCACUCCAUCAUCCGGCCCCGCCAACCUAACUGCCUGCCCUUUGAUCAUGUCACCCUUCCCCAGAGGCUGCAGCAGCUCGGCUACUCCACCCACAUGGUAGGCAAGUGGCACCUAGGCUUCUACAAGAAGGAGUGCUUGCCCACUCGCCGUGGCUUUGACACAUAUUUUGGCUCCUUAACGGGCAGUGUGAACUACUACACCUACAACUCCUGUGAUGGACCUGGGCUGUGUGGCUUUGACCUCCAUGAGGGGGAGACAGUAGCCUGGGAUCAGAAGGGCAAGUACUCCACCCAUCUGUACACACAGAGAGUCCGCAAAAUCCUUGCAACCCAUGAUCCUCAGUCCCAGCCGCUGUUUAUCUUCCUCUCCUUCCAAGCUGUCCAUACACCCCUGCUCCCGCGGGAGUACAUCUAUCCAUACCGCGAGCUGGGUAACGUGGCCCGCAGGAAGUAUGCUGCUAUGGUCUCAACGGUAGAUGAGGCGGUGGGGAAUAUAACAUAUGCCCUCCGCAAGUAUGGUUACUACCAGAACAGUGUCGUCAUCUUCUCGACUGACAAUGGUGGCCAGCCUUUGUCUGGUGGCAGUAACUGGCCACUCAGAGGACGUAAAGGCACUUACUGGGAAGGGGGUGUUCGUGGUUUGGGGUCGUCCCACAGCCCUCUGCUGAGGAAGAAGAGAAGGGUGAGUAAAGCCCUGGUGCACAUUACUGACUGGUACCCAACACUGGUGGGAUUAGCAGGUGGCAAUGAGUCCCUGACUGAGGGGGUGGAUGGGUAUAAUGUUUGGGAAACCAUCAGUGAGGGGAAGGAGUCACCCAGAUUGGAGAUCCUCCACAACAUUGACCCUUUGUAUAAUCAUGCUCGCAGUGGCUCGCUGCAGAAAGGAUAUGGGAUUUGGAACACAGCCGUGCAGGCCUCCAUACGAGCUGGAGACUGGAAACUCCUGACAGGAGACCCUGGUUACGGAGACUGGACACCACCACAGAUGCUUCCUGGUUUCCCCAGCAGCUGGUGGAACCUGGAGCGACACACUGAACCCCGGAAAUCAGUAUGGCUUUUCAAUAUAUCCGGAGACCCCUAUGAACGUUUUGACCUUUCCGAGCAGAGACCAGAUGUUGUCAAAGAGUUGUUAGCCAGACUGGUUUACUACAACCGCACUGCAGUGCCAGUUCGGUACCCAUCAGAGGACCCACGGGCUGACCCCCACCUGAAUGGAGGCGCCUGGGUACCCUGGGUGGGAAAUGAGGAGGAGUACAGCUGGGACAGUGUUUACCAGAAAAAAAAGAACACGGACUGGAAGAAGAAGCUUAAACUGUCCAAAAGUAGGUCGUUUUUUAGAAGACUCAACACGAGGAUCAUGUCCAACAGGAUAUAGAAAAGACAUUGACUAA